UAUGUCGUGUUUUCUUACGGCUCUCUAUUUCGUCCCUGCCAGUACAUAGAUUUUUCUCUGCCAGCAGCAAUUCAAAUUGUAAUUGCGUAGCAGAGCGUCCAUCUUAGAUUUUCCAUUCGAUUAGAAUUGUUCGAUUUUUACACCUGGAAGUGACGUCUAUUUUCUUGCCGAAACAUUAUUUUAAACGCUCAGGAAAAAUCGAUUGAGCACUUAUAUCAGGCACAGCGAGCCCAGGCAGCCGCCAUCUUGAAUUCGCUUGGGAUUAUGAGAAGAGCUCUUCGCGUGUAGUUACAUCGACGGAUUGAGGAAACGCAAGAGAAGAGCGAAAUUGCCUCAUGGUUUCGUGUUAUCGAAUGUCGGCAGGCCCUAAAGUAAGCAGUUCCGCAUCCAUUUGAAACGAUAUUUAUCGUACGAAUAGCAUUAUUUUGGUGAAAGGCAUACCGAACUGAAAAAGUACAUUAAACGGAUUUUCGAAAAAUUGCCAGCGAAGAACCGUGACGAAUCUGCGUAUCUAGAAAAAAAAAGUUGAAGACAUCGUGAAAAAGUCAGCGAUUCUUUGGUAUGGCGGAAGUUAUGUGAAAAGCUUAGUUUUGACACCUCAGCGAAACGAAAAACUGACAGUGAAAGCCAAAGCUUACUGGCUGGCGUGUUAAGUUGAGCUUUUGGAAGUGUAAAAGUGUGCGUGAAUAUCGCUAAAGCUCAUCAGCAGAUUGCUGUUGUAGUGCUCCGGAACUUUUGACAGCAAACAAAAUGCCCCGGAUAGACCCGCUCAAACUACUGGUAUGCCUCAGCGUUCUGUUAGCCCCGAACGGUGGCAUUCGAAGCUCCAAUGAAGUUAAACGGCUUGCAAACCUGAUGGCGAAAUUCAGCAAAAAACUCGUGUCCAAAUGCAUCUACAUUCAAAUACUUAAGUGCACGGAAACGGAACUGCUCGGUCAGUUUAUGUCGGCCGGUGGGUGGUCCCUGGUUCACAUGUGGCUUUCGGACGGCAUCACCAGCAAAAACUGGCCGCUGAUCCAGGAACUGCUGGAACUGCUUCUGUGCUGCCCGGUCGAUGUUGAGCGAUUGAAGAGCAACACCGCCCCGAAAUUGGUGAAAACCCUGUCCAAGGAAAGCAGUCACGAAGGAGUUCGUCUGUUGGCAACCAAGCUGGUUGAACAGUGGCUGAAAAUUGCUCGCAACGAUAUCCGUGCAAACUCUGUUGCCGGAACUAGUAGUAACACUUCGAUUCUGUCUCAAUCGUCAAGUACGGACACUGACGGUGCCCCCGCAUCAACUGAACAGACGGUUGAAGAGCAGUGUGUUCCAGACGAAGAACAGGAAGAUGAAAGCCAGGAAUCCACUACCGUCGAGGAAGAGGAGGAAACCGUCGUUGAAGAAGAGGUUGUCCCCGAUGCUAUUAACGUCAACUCGGAAUCUGCCAUGGAUGAAGACACCAAUAACCAGGAUCAAGAACCGCUUCAACAAUCUUCUGAGGAAAACAUCGAGGAAACCAAGAAAGCAUUCAAUUCCGCUGUGGCUGAAAGCAACGCAAAAAAGUCACCGUUGUUAUUUAAAAUAACCGUGAAAAACGGUAAGCAAGUUUUGGCCAAGAUUGAAUCGCCGAAGAAGAGAACCUCAUCAGCUACUGAAGAGGAAGAAUCUCCUGGAACUGAGGUGGCUGAAGAGAAAACAAAUGAUGAGUCUAAGGAAGGUGGAGAAAAUUCAGAUUCAGAUAAAGUUGAUGCAUCUAAGAAGGCAACUACAGCGGGUGACGGUGAUUCUAUUGGUGAUAUCACUGAGAAGCCGGAGUCUGAGAAGAGUAAUGACAAAGAACGCCGAAAGAGUGACGAUAAAGAUCGCAAUAAAGACAAAGACAAAAGUUUGUCCAAAGAAAAAGAACGCCAUAGGGACAAAGACAAGGACAGGAAAUCUAGCAGUAGCAGUAGUAGCCAUAAAUCGUCAUCAAAAUCGUCCUCAUCUUCAUCGUCAUCAUCAUCUAAACAUAACAGCAGUAGUAGCAGUAGUAGUAGUAGCAAGCACAAGUCAUCAUCUAGCUCCAGCAGCAAGAGUUCCAGUUCGCGGGAUAAGGACAAAGACAAGGAUCGCCACAACAGUAGCACCAGUAGCAGCAGCAGCAGCAAACACAAGAGCUCUUCUUCUUCUUCUAAGUCAUCUUCUAGCAGUAGUAGUUCUAAAAGUGGAUCCAGCUCCAGUGAAAAACAUCGGGAACAUCGGGAUAAAGAUAAAUCAAGCCACUCUAGCAAAGACAAAGAUAAGGAGAAAGACAAACUAUCAUCGCCCUCUUCAAGCAGCAAACUGGGUAAGAUUCCCAAGAAGCCCCGAGAAGGAGAAGAGGACAAGGCGAACACCAGUAGCAAAGCAUCCCCUGUUGUCAACAAGAAGGCUUCAAUUUCGAUCGAAGUUCGUGAUCCUGAGCACCGCCCGAAAACGGUGAAAACCUACAAUUCGCAGUUCCGUUCGCAUGGUCUCGGUGAAGAAGCUCCUCCACCACCAUCCCGUAAGGGAUUGAAGAAGCCUACGCCAUCCGUUGCUGGUAGCAGUACAAGCAUUGGGUCAACGGCAACGGGAACCGUUUCAUCGAAGCGUUCUUCUCCUACCCCCGGAUCCGUGAAGGAAGGUCCUCCAGAGAAAAGACCUAGGGAAGAUCCAGCUGAGCGACCCGGUGCGAUUAAGCUCAUUCCGGCGAAAAGACAGCCAUCUCUCGUCGAGUCCGACAUGUUUAUGGAUGCCCUGUCAGCGACGCUCAAAAAGGACACUAAGAAACGGAAAAGGAGGAUCAGUGGUUCAGCGGAUGCUGCCAAACCUACCACCCCGACGACGGAGAAAACCAUCGCCCUUCCGACGGCGGAGAAGGCACCGUCAUCUCCCGAGAAAGCGUCAUCAGUGCCUACACCCCCUGCUAGUCCAACUGGCGAAAAACCGUUCACAGGAGCAGCUACCACUGAACAACCGCCACCAUCUUCACCUACCACCAAUGCCGUUGCAUCUGCAGAUGAACCAUCAUCGCCGGCUGCUAAGGUGGUUGUGGCGCCAAUGUCGUUCUAUCGGGACACACUCGCAGACCAGGAUGAAUCCGUAACCGAAGAAGGUAAAAAGGAAUUGGACACAGAACAAAAGCCAGAACAACAAUCGGCAAGCGAUGACGUCAAGAUGGAAGCUAAGGACGCGGUUCCAGACACCCCAGCAGAACCGGAUGAGGAUGAGGAGGAUGAAAUCAUCAAGAAACCUAAACGGCUAAAAUCUGAGCUGAUCGAUGAUGACGACGUGUCAAUGGACGAGAAGGGUAAAAACUUACUCGACACGAUUGACGAUGAACUGUCUAAAAAGAUCGCUCAAGAGAACGAUGACCUACCGUUGAUUCCCGUCAAAAAGCCUCCUGGUCCUGGUUGUGGUCCAGACGGUCCUCCCGGAGUUUUGGUUAUUCAUCGCCGUAAAGGGCCAAAGAAACAGUUGAAAUGGAAAGUUGCCGAGGAACUAGAAGAAAUUCGUUAUUUCGAACUAGACGUUACUGAACGCUGCAAUGUGACUAAAACGUUUACUGAUUUGCGCCACAUGGAACGUGUUGAUGAGAGGCAAAAGUAUCUACUUGCUCGUAAAGUCGACUCUGAAGAUCUGAUGGUUGAACGAAUACCUUGGAUGCCUUUGGUUAUGGUAGAUAAUGUUCCUGCUCAUCCCGAGGGCGUAAACAGUCAAGAAAAGCGGAUACAAGGGGCCCGUGAAAGGACGGUGCUACAAGCGUUAUAUUUCAAUAGGCAUAUGAUUCCAGAUUCACCGGCUGAACCCGAUGUCGAAGUCUAUUCUAUUGCUGAACCAACCCACAUUCCCAUGGACGAUGUCACUGGAAAUCCAGAUUCCGUAAACGAUUUUACAACUAUGCCUUGGCCGGAACCAAAAAGUACACCACCGCAUGAAUCUGCUGGGUUCAAUUCACCAUUCUUCCCUGGACCCGGUGGGCAAGAUUUCCCUCAAUUCGGUAACAACAGUAACUGGAAUAAUAUGCCUGGACAGAAUCAAGGUGGCAACAAUGUACCGGACAUGUUCCCGCCAGGUCGCAUGCCACCAGGACUACCACCCAUGAUGGGUAACAAUGGACCGCCCGGUGGACCCGGUGGUAUGAACAUGAUGCGACCUAUGAACAUGCCCCCCAACAUGAUGCCACCCAAUAUGCCACCGAAUAUGCCCCCACACCCCAACAUGUUCCAAAAUAACUUUAACCGAGGGCCACCACCUCAGCGCCACAUGAACGAUUGCGAUGACGAUAACUUCCGCAAUGGUCCUCCACCACCACCAGCAUGGUACAACGGUGGCAAUAAUCGUGGACCACCGCCUCAUGGCAAUUUCAACAACAACAACCGUGGUGGUGGUUUCGGCGGAGGCGGCCGAGGCAAUUGGAACAAUAACCGUGACAACGAUCGAGGAGGUCCGCGUGGUGGAGGUGGAAAUAACAAUAGUAACUACAGGCCGCCAUGGCUACAAGGAAAUCGGAACAAUAAUCAUCGUGGUCGCAAGUGGUAGGGAUAAAAAAAUGUAUUUGUACAGUGACACGGCUGAGCCUAGUGAUAUUUAUUGAAUAGUGUAUGGAAUGAAUUCCUCCUAUCACUUACCAAAGCGAGGAUAAUUGUUGCUUUAGUACAUAAGACAUAUCGCGGCCAAUUUUUCGGUUCAGCAGAAACAUUCUUUUCUCUAUGUAAAUAUUGAGAUUGGCAUCGAUGCCAGUCGUUAGCAUUUUUUGCGGUACUGUUUUCUCGAUUAAGUCUGAAAGCUACGCAAUUGCCUUGAAGGUACAAAUAUUAUUACUGCUGAAGCUUAAUUUGUUGUUUUAUAAUUACGAUAAGUUUAAGAUAUUUUAGCUUAGUUUCAUAAUUAUUACCAAUAUUUACUCUAUCAGCUGUGUAAAUAGAUCUAAUGGACUUUCUCUUAAGUAAAUAUACGGUUUUUUACUAAACAUUAUUA